GUUACAAAAUUUGCAUUUUUUUCUUCAACCAAACAUUAGUACAAUUUUAGGUCAAUCAUAUUUUAGCAUGGAUGCAGAAGCGUGGGGACAACUUGUCAGCUUGACAGAUAUUGACACUGAACCAAUAAUGCUAAUGUCAGACUCAUUUACCAUCGGAAGGGCAAAAGACUGUGAUUUACCAUAUACUGACAACAAGCUAGUAUCCAGUAGACAUUGUUGUAUACACAAAGAUGAGAGUGGUACUGUCUGGCUCUGUGAUUCAAGCACCAAUGGAACACUACUAAAUCUGAAAGUGAAGAUUUCAAAAGGAAAUAAGAAAGAACUACAGCAUGGAGAUGACUUUUAUAUUGUGUACAAAAAGGGUGAAGAAGAGAAAAAUGUUGGUUUUGUGUACCAGAGCAUGGCAGAACUUGCUAAAGAAGAUUCGUCAGAAGCAGAACAAACACAGGAAUAUGAAACUGAUGCCAAUAUAUUGGAUGCUACUGUUGCCGAUGUUGAUGUUAACUUCCUGGAUGAUACAGAAGAAGAUACACCAGAUGAUACCAGUAAAAAAAGGCCAAAGAAAGAUGAAGAUAAGGAUGAAAGUGAACCUGUGAAAAAAAUGAUGAAAACUUUAGAGGAAAGUAAAAUAGACAAAGGUUCUGGUAAUACCACAGAAGUGCCAUCUGGUGAGAAUAAAAAGGAAAGUAAGGAGGAUAUAAGCAAGGAAGAAGCCUCCAAAAUGAAGAGUGGAGCAGGAACCACCACGGCAGUGGCACCAGCUGUAGAUGAGAUAGAAGAGACAUUGAUAUGUAGUAUUUGUCAGGAGAUUAUGUAUAACUGUAUUAGCUUACAACCCUGUAUGCAUUCCUAUUGUGCUGGAUGUUACUCUGACUGGAUGCAAAAAUCUAAUGAAUGUCCUACAUGUCGUAUGAAAGUAAAAAGAAUCAACAAAAACCAUAUUGUAAACAACUUGAUAGAAGCUUAUUUGAAAGAACAUCCAGAGAAGAAGAGACCAGAAGAAGACUUGAAAGCCCUUGAUGCAAAGAAUAAAAUUACCAAAGAUAUGAUGACACCUACGGCCAAAGAAGGUUAUGACCCAGAUAAUGAAGAGGAGGAGGAGGAGGAGGACUAUACUGAUUCUGAUGCUGUAGAUGAUGAAGAAAGAACAGUUCCACCUGCUAUAGGAUUCAACCCACCAGUAUUUCCACCAGCACCACCCAUGCUUUUUGGAAUUGGUACACCAUUUUUUGGAGCAAGACCAACAGCCACAAAAUGUCGCCAGUGUUCAGGUUAUGUAGCUCCGCCCACAGUUCCUCCUACAGGUAUAUUUCAGACAGCUAUAAAUGCUGUAGGCACAGCUUUAGGUUUGAACCAGGGAGGUUACCAGACUACAGGCACAGCCACUGAGAAGAAGGAAGAGGAGGAGUCAGAAGCAACACAAUCUCUGGGUGAUGGGGCCGAAGCUUCUACCUCUGAUGGCAAAACAAAGAAAAUGGCUGACCCAGAACUAAAAGAUGAGAAGACCAUGCCAGAAGCUCCGCCCUAUAACUGCUCGCUUGUUCAGAAUCAUGUUUUAUGUCAGUGUUGUCUACAGCCCAUGCCAGACAGAAGAGCCCAGGCAAUGAACCCUGCUAACAAUAUACCACCCCAGCAAUGUCAGAUUUGUUACAGAGCUUAUUGUCAUGCCUACUGGGGAUGUACAAAGAAUGAAUGUACAGGUUGUAUAGGAAAGUUUAAAGAUUUAAACUUUGGGAAGAAAUGCUUGAAUAACCUCAUAUUAGAAAAUGUUUAUGAAUCCGAAAUAUUUAAGAAUUAUGUAGAAGCCAAUGGUAUAUCAGUAAAGCAAGUUUUGAGAGAAUCCCUAUUGAAGUUAGACGCUGGACAAUACACUUGUCCUGACCAGUCAAGAUUUACGAUAAAUUCCAACACUGCCUUGUGCUAUACUUGUGGGCUGAGAAAUUUUAAAGAACUAGCAUACCAGUACAGGAAAGAUAUUCCUAAAGAGGACCUUCCAGAGGAUGCUCAAAAGAGACAGGAUUGUUACUGGGGUAAAAAUUGCAGAACACAGAGAACAAGACCUCAUCAUGCAAAGAAUUUUAGCCAUGUCUGUGAUCAGAUUAGAACUACAUAGAACCAAGAGGACAGAGGAAGUCUUUGUUCAGACUUAACCUAUGUAAAAACCAAGAGGACCAAGAACCUAAAAGAAACCUGUGAUAAAACAAUGUUACCAUUUUAUGUUUUUGUACAGAAACAGAAAAUCUGUGCUGCAUUUCACAUUAUAUAUUACUUGUAGUUAUUUUCGUUAAAACAUUGAGAAUUGUUGUACUUUAACACAUUGUAUAAUUAUUUUUAAGUAGUUUGAUUAACAAUUUGAACAGUAGUUCUACAUCUUCUUUUGACUUGCAAAAAGACAUUAAGAUUUGCUACAAGUAUUUAUUCUUUUGCUAAAAAAAAAGGUUAUAUUCAAAAUCUGGUGAGCAUUUAGAACAAGAUUUGUGCUUAUUAAGGAUUUUUUUUUGUGUAGAAAAAAACUUUUUUCUGAACUUACCAAACUCACAUGGAUGUUUGUAAUAUAAACCUAGAUGGUUAAAAGAGAUUGUGUUCAGUGCUGCCAAAUUAUUUUGUUCAAAUACUUGUUUUUAAUUUAAUAUUUGAAAUACAAUUUUUAAAUUUCAUUAAAAAAUGUUGUUUCUGUGUAUAUGUAUUGCAGUGUUUUACAUGCUGCAUACAACUAAUGCCAUUUAUUUUUGCAUAUUCUGUCACUGUUUUGGCAAUAAUAAAAGCAAUACAAAAAUUUCUGAAUUAACAGUACCUUCUUUUAGCUUAGUGAAAAAAAAAUUAUUAGUCCCCUACCGACGAAGUUGAAGGGGACUUUAGGUUUGCACUCCGUCUGUCUGUCUGUCUGUCUGUCAUUCCGGCAAAUCAGUUUUCCAGACUUUUUUUUGUUCGUGCUUGAAGAUAUUGAUUUGAUAUUUGGUUUAUUGAUUUAUCAUGACAAGUUACAGGUCAAGUUCAAUUUUCACGAUUUUAGCUUUUCUCUUUGUUCAGGUUAAGCCCUUUCCCUGGAAUUAAAUUUUGACGAAAUAUUUAUUAAUUAGUAGAUUUCUGUUCAAAUGGAAAUAACUCAUUUUUUAAAAGAUUAGAUUUUUAAAAGACAAAAUGACAUUUUAGAUUCUGUGGUAAAUUGUUUGAAGAAUUUAGUGGUAGGUUUGUUUGUCAUUCUUGAAGAUAUUGAUUUGAUUAUUAGUUUACCGUUCUAUCAUGACAAGUUACAGAUCAAGUUGGAAUUUUGUUCCAGUCUGAUAAUUUUGUGCAGAGUUAUGGUCUUUAGACAUAGAAAAUUCACUUAAAUAAUCAGUUUUCAACAGCUUAUUUCAUCAUGCUUGAAGAUUUUGACUUGAUAUUUUUAUGUAGUUUACACCAUGACAAGUUAAAGAUCAAGUUAGAAUUUCGUUCCAUUUCAAUGAAUUUGUAACCGGUAGGGUGCUAUGUAUUGCCAUGCAAUACUCACAGAAUGCUUGUUUACAAAGAAUUUUUCACAAAGUUCCAGAAGUUUGAAUAUAAUCUCAUGAUUAUUCAUGAUUCUGAUCAUUUAUUGAGUCCAGUUUUUAGUGUGAUAUUUUCUGUAAUCAUUCAAUGGUCAGGAAUUGGACUUGUUAUCCUUAGGACUAUAAAUUCAGAUAUUUUUGGGGUGAAAAUUGUGACAGGAUAGGUUUUGCAAAAAUAGAAAUUGGCAUUUUAUUAAAUUUCGAUAGCAUUAUUUCCUGAAAUCACAAUUAUUUUUUGUCCAUUGUUCACCCUAGGAACCAUGUAUGUUUUAAUGGAACAACCUUUACCAAAAAUACUAUAUUGAUAAAUUUGUGAAUUCAAAAAAGUGAGAAGGGAUUUUCAGUUUCCAUUAUUUUUUAUUAAUUGUUACACUCUUCUGUUUGUUAGAUAUUUAGAUAUGUUUCAUUGUAUUUUAAAGAUAUAUAGUUUCCACUAACAUGGCACUUAGGAUAUGUUAAUUUGUUUUUGUUUGUUUGCAGAAUGACAAUUACAGACAGUUUAUUGUUUGCCAGAUUCUUUAUUUAAUUGUUGAAGAAAACAGAAACUUUUGAUGAAAAUUAUAGAA